AUGGAAGGAACAAGUGAUUUUUCAACGUUGAAGAUGUUGAAUCAUGAGUUGGAGAAAUUGGAUUGCUUUGACGGAACCAAUUUCUCUCGAUGGAAAGAUAAGAUGAAAUUCCUACUUACUGCACUCAAACUCUUCUAUGUCUUGGACCCGAAUUUGAUGUCUUUUCCUACUAUGAGUGAUGAAGAUACUAAUGAGAUAAAGGCACAAAGAAAGAAACGAGAUGAAGACGAACUGAUUUGCAGAGGACACAUUCUCAAUACUCUUUCGAAUCGUCUCUAUGAUCUCUACACAUCAAUGCAGUCACCGAAGGAGAUUUGGAAUGCUUUGGAAGCAAAGUACAAAACUGAGAAAAUAGAGGAAAGUCAGGUUAGAAAUGGGACUAACACCGAUUCUAAAGUGAAUGUGAGCAAUGUUCAAAGUGGGAGUUCGAGUAAAAUCGAUAAGUACUUGAAAGUGAACAAAAGUGGGAGUGGUUUCAAGAAGAACAACUCCAAGAAUCCCAACAAGGACAAGAAGAACCGAGCAUGUUUCCAUUAUGGAAAGAAAGGCCAUUACAUUCACGAAUGUAAACUCUUACAGAACAAGAAAAAGGAUGAAGAAGUGCAUGUGUGCAACAACAAAGAGCAAUUCAAGACUUAUGAUGAGUCUUCCAUAGAACAACAAGUGCUAAUAGGCAACCACAAUAAAGCAAAUAUUCUUGGAAAUGGCAUUGUUGAAGUGAAAAUGAGUUCCAGCAAGAUGCUGAUCUUGACCAAUGUUUUUCAUGUACCCGAUAUCAAGAAGAAUCUAGUAUUUGCCAAUUUGUUAUGUAAGAGUGGUGUAAAAGCUGUACUUGAAUCGGACAAGUUAAUCUUGUCCAAGAAUGGGAUAUUUGUAGAAAAGUGA